AUGUGCCAAGAAGUUUCCGAAAACGGGUGGACGAGCACACCCGCUGAUGCCGGUGCCAUCUUCGGUGACCAGCCUUUCAUCAAUGAGCCUGGCCCAUUGUCAAUCAAAGAACUCGAGUUCCCGCAUCACGAUGCCGUUGUCGCGAAGACCUUGGACUACGUCAAGACAGUACUCCAUCCCGAGACCUUGAACCACUCAAUGAGAGUCUACCACUAUGGCCUUGCAAUCACCAAGCAACAGUUCCCGCAGCACGCCACUGCCCUCAACCCCGUGACAUGGGCACUAACCUGCCUCCUACACGACCUCGGCACUGCCGAAGAAAAUCUCACCGCCACGCGGAUGUCCUUCGACAUCUACGGGGGCAUCAAAGCUCUCCACGUUCUGCAGCAAUUCGGCGCAACCACUGAUCAAGCCGAAGCCGCAGCUGAAGCUAUCAUUCGCCAUGAGGAUAUGGGAGUUGAUGGUACGAUCACUUACAUUGGCCAGUUGAUCCAACUGGCCACUACUUAUGACAACACUGGAUUCCACCCUCAUGUCAAAAACUUUGGAAAGUUGAUCCACGAUGUGACGCGCGCUGAGAUUAAUGAGACGUACCCGCGCUUGAAGUGGUGCUCUUUCUUCUCGGCUACUAUCCAGAAAGAGGAGGCUAUCAAGCCGUGGUGUCAUUCGACUCAUCUGGUGAACUUUGAUAAGGAAAUUAUCGAGAACACCCUCAUGAAGCAGUGGGAAUGA